GAGCAUGUGUGUUUGUGUUUCACCCUUUUCCGAGCACGCUCCAGACGAGCGCUCACGGGCGGCCAGGCCUGGCUCCUGCAGCCGCCGUCUGGGGAGCCCGGCAACCCCCUCCACAACUUUCCAAAGGGAGGCAAACAGGAUGGCUGAAGGCAUCAGCCCCCACCUCCAUCUCGCGUUCCAGCGCAGGGGACCGCCGGCCGGCCCGGCUCCGUGCGCCGGAGGCCUUCCCCUCACAGCCCCCUCGCUCAGCCCCCCCGGGCCGUGGGCGGCGCGGCCGUGACGAGCGGCACCGCGGGGCCAAUCCGCCCCGGGGGGAGUUCCCCCUCCAUUCAGGGCUGCUCGCCUGCGCGCUGAGGGUUUUGUGGUGCUUCCCGAGCAUGAGUUCAGCAUGAAGCGGCGAUUGGAUGAGCAGGAGUCACCCGUGUAUGCGUCGCAGCAGAGACGUAUCACCAGCAGCACCGAGGCUUUCCCGCACCAGCACCGCGUGCUCGCCCCGGCCCCGCCGGUCUAUGAGGCGGUUUCCGAGACCAUGCAGUCAGCCACGGGGAUCCAGUACUCUGUAACUCCCAGCUACCAGGUGUCGGCAGUGCCGCAGAGCUCGGGCAGCCACGGCCCGGCCAUCGCCGCCGUGCACGGUGGCCACCACCACCCCGCGCCCGUGCAGCCCCACGGCAGCCAGGUGGUGCAGAGCCACACGCACCCCACGCCCCCAGCCGUGCCCGUGCAGGGCCAGCAGCAGUUCCAGAGGCUCAAGGUGGAGGAUGCAUUGUCUUACCUUGACCAGGUGAAGCUACAGUUUGGUAGUCAGCCACAGGUCUACAAUGACUUCUUGGAUAUUAUGAAGGAAUUUAAAUCUCAAAGCAUCGACACCCCGGGGGUGAUCAGCCGUGUCUCGCAGCUCUUCAAGGGCCACCCAGACUUGAUCAUGGGCUUCAACACCUUCCUGCCACCUGGCUACAAGAUUGAGGUGCAGACCAACGACAUGGUGAACGUGACCACCCCGGGGCAGGUUCACCAGAUCCCCACGCACGGGCUGCAGCCCCAGCCCCAGCCGCAGCCGCCGCAUCCGUCGCAGCCUUCGGCGCAGUCCACCCCGACACCAGCACAGCCGGCACCACAGCCCACACCUGCCAAAAUCAGCAAGCCAUCGCAGUUGCAGGCUCAUACUCCUGCCAGCCAGCAGACGCCGCCGAUCCCGCCGUACGCGUCGCCGCGCUCGCCGCCGGUGCAGCCGCACACGCCCGUGACAAUCUCCCUGGGCACCACACCAUCCCUGCAGAACAAUCAGCCCGUGGAGUUCAACCACGCCAUCAACUACGUCAACAAGAUCAAAAAUCGGUUCCAGGGACAGCCAGACAUCUACAAAGCCUUCCUGGAGAUUCUCCACACGUAUCAGAAGGAGCAGCGUAAUGCCAAGGAGGCAGGAGGGAACUACACGCCAGCCCUGACAGAGCAGGAGGUCUACGCCCAGGUGGCUCGCCUCUUCAAGAACCAGGAGGAUCUGCUCUCGGAAUUUGGGCAGUUCCUGCCUGAUGCCAACAGCUCCGUGCUGUUGAGCAAGACAACUGCAGAGAAAGUGGAGUCAGUCAGGAAUGACCACGGGGGCACGGUGAAGAAGCCACAGCUCAACAACAAGCAGCAGAGACCCAACCAGAAUGGCUGCCAGAUCCGACGGCACUCGGGCACCGGGGCAACCCCUCCGGUGAAGAAGAAACCAAAGCUGCUUGGUUUGAAAGACCAGUCCUUGGCAGAAGCCAGCAAACAUGGUGUGGGGACAGAAUCUCUCUUCUUCGAGAAGGUCCGCAAAGCUCUGCGUAGCACGGAGGCGUACGAGAACUUCCUGCGCUGCCUGGUGAUCUUCAACCAGGAGGUGAUCUCCCGGGCCGAGCUCGUGCAGCUGGUCUCGCCCUUCCUGGGGAAAUUCCCAGAACUGUUCACUUGGUUUAAAAACUUUCUGGGAUAUAAGGAGUCUGUUCACAUGGAGACAUAUCCGAAGGAACGGGCUACUGAGGGGAUUGCCAUGGAGAUUGACUAUGCCUCCUGCAAGAGGCUGGGCUCCAGCUACAGAGCCUUGCCCAAGAGCUACCAGCAGCCCAAGUGCACAGGGAGGACUCCACUGUGUAAAGAGGUUUUGAAUGACACCUGGGUCUCCUUCCCGUCCUGGUCUGAAGAUUCCACAUUUGUGAGCUCCAAGAAGACCCAAUAUGAAGAGCACAUCUACAGGUGUGAGGACGAGCGUUUUGAGCUGGAUGUUGUCUUGGAGACCAACCUGGCAACCAUCCGCGUUCUGGAGGCAAUCCAGAAGAAGCUGUCACGCUUGUCUGCGGAGGAGCAGGCCAAAUUCCGGCUGGACAACACCCUGGGGGGCACCUCGGAGGUGAUCCACCGCAAGGCUCUGCAGAGGAUAUACGCUGACAAAGCAGCAGACAUCAUCGAUGGGCUUCGCAAGAACCCCUCUGUGGCUGUUCCCAUCGUGCUGAAAAGGUUAAAGAUGAAAGAGGAAGAGUGGCGAGAAGCCCAGAGAGGAUUUAAUAAAGUCUGGCGAGAGCAGAAUGAGAAGUAUUACCUGAAAUCCUUGGACCACCAGGGCAUCAACUUCAAACAGAAUGAUACCAAGGUCCUAAGGUCAAAGAGUCUCCUCAAUGAGAUUGAAAGCAUCUAUGAUGAGAGGCAAGAGCAGGCUUCAGAAGACAAUGCUGGAGUCCCCACAGGCCCACACCUCUCACUGGCCUAUGAAGACAAGCAGAUCCUGGAAGAUGCUGCCUCCCUCAUCAUCCACCACGUGAAGCGGCAGACGGGAAUCCAGAAGGAGGACAAGUACAAAAUCAAGCAGAUCAUGUAUCACUUCAUUCCAGACCUGCUGUUUGCUCAGCGAGGUGAACUCUCGGAUGUGGAAGAGGAAGAAGAAGAGGAAAUGGAUGUGGACGAAGCUACUGGGGCUGCAAAAAAGCACAACGGUGUUGGGGGUAGUCCUCCCAAAACCAAGCUGAUGUUCAACAACACGACAGCCCAGAAGCUGCGGGGCAUGGAUGAGGUCUACAACCUCUUCUACGUGAACAGCAACUGGUACAUCUUCAUGAGGCUGCACCAGAUCCUGUGCCUGCGGCUGCUGCGGAUCUGCACCCAGGCCGAGCGGCAGAUCGAGGAGGAGACGCGGGAACGGGAGUGGGAGAGGGAAGUGCUGGGCAUCAAGCGAGACAAGAGUGACAGUCCUGCCAUCCAGCUGCGACUGAAGGAGCCCAUGGACAUCGAUGUGGAGGAUUACUACCCGGCCUUCCUGGACAUGGUGCGCAACCUGCUGGACGGCAACAUGGACUCGUCGCAGUACGAGGACUCGCUGCGCGAGAUGUUCACCAUCCACGCCUACAUCGCCUUCACCAUGGACAAGCUGAUCCAGAGCAUCGUGCGACAGCUGCAGCACAUCGUGAGCGAUGAGAUCUGUGUGCAGGUGACAGACCUGUACCUGUCAGAGAACAGCAACGGAGCCACGGGAGGGCUGCUGGCGUCGCAGUCCUCCCGCUCGCUCCUGGAGGCCGCCUACCAGCGCAAAGCCGAGCAGCUCAUGUCCGAGGAGAACUGCUUCAAGCUGAUGUUCAUUCAGAGCAGAGGUCAAGUUCAGUUAACCAUUGAGCUGCUGGACACAGAAGAGGAAAACUCAGAUGACCCUGUGGAAGCAGAGCGCUGGUGUGACUACGUGGAGCGGUACGUCAACUCUGAUUCUACCUCCCCCGAGCUCCGCGAGCACCUGGCCCAGAAACCCGUCUUCCUGCCCAGGAAUCUGAGGCGGAUCCGCAAGUGUCAGCGUGGUCGGGAGCAGCAGGAGAAGGAAGGGAAGGAGGGAAACAGCAAGAAGUCCAUGGAGAACAUAGAGAGCCUGGACAAGAUGGAGUGUAAAUUCAAGCUGAACUCCUAUAAGAUGGUGUACGUGAUCAAAUCAGAGGAUUACAUGUACAGGAGGACCGCGCUGCUGCGAGCCCAGCAGUCCCACGAAAGGGUGAGCAAGCGGCUGCACCAGCGGUUCCAGGCCUGGGUGGACAAAUGGACCAAGGAGCACGUGCCCCGUGAAAUGGCAGCCGAGACAAACAAGUGGCUCAUGGGUGAAGGCUUGGAGGGCUUGGUGCCCUGCACCACCACCUGUGACACAGAGACCCUGCACUUUGUCAGCAUCAACAAGUACCGCGUCAAAUACGGCACGAUAUUCAAGACACCCUAGGAGUCCCCGGGGCGAGGCAGAGCCCGGGAGAUGUGUGUGUGUGUGCGCAUCCAGGGAAGGAGGGAGAUGCCUUUCUCCCCUCACUGUGUAUCUCCGUCACAUGGCCACUUGACUAGUGCGUGGCUGGUGCAGCCUGUCCCGGCGGGAUUCCCCCUGGGGCCGUGGAUCUCCGCCCGGGGCCGUGGGCUGCCGGCCCUUUUUGGGCAGGAAGGACCCUUCUCUGAACUGAGCCAUCCCAGAGAAACACCACGAGCUCGUACACACCAGCAGCGUUGAGGCUUUGACUCCCCGAGGGAGGCCCUGAGCGGCGAGGGAGGGGAGCGGGAUGCUCUCCACCACCUUGUGGAUGUGUCCCCGAAGUCCCCAGGUGCCUGUCACCACCGGAUUCUCCUCUCCUGGCGGGCUCCAGGGGCAGCACGCCCCGGGUUCCUCUCGCUCCCUCCCCUCCUCCCAGGCUGGACUCACCCUGUGCAGAUCGGUCUGUCCUUUCUAGUGCCAGUGGAACUGUUUUAUUUUUAUUUUGGGUUUUUGGUUUUGUUUUCCUUU